AUGCUUCAACCAAGAAUAUCGCCUCGAAAAACUGAUAAAGUGAUCUACAAUCAGAAGAUGGUCAAUGAUUAUGUUGACAUUAUCAAUCAUCGUUUGAAAUUAGAGGGGGCAGAUAUGGAUUCGAGGAAACUACCAUAGAAGCAUAAUUCAAUGUAUAAGUCAAUAAGUUCUCAACACACCAAACAAAUAUCAAUGGUGGAACCUGCAACUGCAGAAAAACCGUAUAGUAGGACGAAUCUCGAUAAUCACUCCUCGUUUUUUCAUAGUCGUAAGUCUCUAACGAGAGAGGACAAAUUGUAUUUACUUUCUGAUCCACUUCAAGAAAUGCUAAAGACCAGAUAAUCUAUAACAGAUUUGAGGGCAAUAGAAAUAGAGGGAGACGAAUUUACUCAACAAUACAAAAAUAAAAUUAAUGAAGAAUACGAGAAGGAGAUCUUUCGUAAAGACAUGAUCUAGAGGAGAAUAUUUGAUAGUCAAUUGAAAUAUCAAGGCAACAACUCAAUCAAAUAAUUUAUAUUCCAACAAAAUAUGAAGGCAUCUCAAAAAUUCCACACUGAACCUAUAGAUAAAAAUAUUCACAUUAUUAAAGAAUUUACUGUGGAAGACAAAUUAGACAGGCCCAGGCAAUCCAAACUCAUUAGCAAUAACAAAAUCAAUCUUAUUACUCUUAAAUCUACAGGCUUAAAGUCCUUUUAGGAUUCUGAAAACAAUAACAAUUCUAGUGCUUAGAGAUUUGAGGACUUGUAUAAGACAUGCAACAAUUUCUAUAAGGAAUCUCGAUAAAUUAAAACUAAAAUCAUGAGACUCAAAAGACAAACUUGGAGAAAAUAUUAAAAAAUCUUAUAAAUAGGAUCAUCCUAAAAGGAAAUUAAAAUUGAUUGA